AUGCUCUUACCUGCACCAUGUAAUAAUUAUGCAGGACCAACUCUUGCAGUUUGGUUUUUGGUGAUUAUCAAUACAAUAGGUACGAUAAGAAGUCUUAUUCACAUGUUCUUUCAUGAUGGUGGUGCACAAUCCAUCGCGACAAUGAAUUUAAAUGUUAGUGGCAGUCAAAAUAUUGUCGCAAUCUUUGGUCAAUGGGGAGGUAUGCAACUCAUCAUGGCUUUUUUUAUAUGGAUUAUACUUUGGCGCUACCGAGAAUUUGUUCCACUUAUGAUCGGCGAAGUGCUCAUAGAACAACUUGUACGAAUUUCAAUCGGGCACUUGAAACCUACGAUUACCACUGGUACACCACCAGGUCGUACAGGCAGCAUGAUUCUAUUACCGGUUUCCGUAAUAAUGUUAAUAAUCUCUCUAAUGCGUAAUACAGCGUGA